AUGGCCUUGGAACGGAUCCAUCAGCGUGCUGCCGAAAAGGGUGGUGUGGUGAAGGUGCCGGAGCACUUCGAAGACGAGGCGCACUACAUGAGCAGUUGGUUGCCCUCCUUCUACUUGGAAUGCCAGGCACAGAUUCAAAGAUACAAGGAGACGGAGAUGUCCAAAGAGACAGAACAUAUGAGAUUCAACAGGUUCCAGCUGGACGCAGAUUAUUUGGUGAAGUUAACCCUCACCAGGACCAAGGAAGGUAUCGCCAUCCGACAGUUCAGUAUGGAAGAUUUGGUCCUCUUGACCCAAGAAGAGGAUCUCUCCAAGCCUCACCCGGUGCAUAUGAUGGGUCUGGUGGAACAUAGCGUGAGCAAUCUCAUCGUUGUGACCAUUUUUACAGACAUGGCAGUGACCACCAAGGGCUCUCGAAGCAAGGAAGUAGCUGAUCUCAUCGCCAAAGAAGCUCCAUGGUAUGUGGUGAAGAUUACCUCCAUGUCGACCCAGAUUCGUGAGUUCCAGGCCCUCAAAGGUUUCCAGGACAUCUAUCUGAAGGACUACAUUUUGAAUCGCGACGACUCGGGUGUGGUAGGUGAUGCUUCCACUGAAAUGCAGGCGGCGUCUGCCUUGGAACUGGGGAGCACCGAGGCGCCUGUGGCGCGCGCCGAUCUCAUCAGCCAGCUACCUGAGGUCCUUGAGAAGUGGUUGCUGGAGAAGUUCAACCCAUCCCAGAUGAAUGCGAUUCGUGAUUCUCUGAAGGUGGAGGGCAUUACGCUGAUCCAGGGUCCACCGGGCACGGGCAAGACGAGCACUGUACUGGCACUUCUGGCGGUGCUGCUGGCGUCCAGGAAAGCUAAGGAAGAGUAG